UUUGCGUUUUGUUUACAAAAUCGGUUCGGUGCGAUAUCGAGCGAGGAACACGGAUGAUUUUCUAUUCGUUUAAAUGAAAAUUUUGCAGUUUCUUUCGCGUAUUAGUAAGUGUUUAGCUUCAGGCGCUUGGUGAAUAGUCAUAUGCAUGCAGUGUUUAGCUGACGGGAAUACAAAACUAGUGAUUUUUGAUAAUAGAGAAUAAGAUAAAAUGGAUAUCGGCGAAGGAUCGAAAAAGCAGAAAACUUCGGCAGAUCAUCUGCGGCGGUGGAGGAGAUCUACUGCAAACUGAAACGCGAAGCAGGAAGGAUUGGGUUGAUGAUUAAUACGUCCAAGACGAAGUACAUGCUGGCCUGCGGAUCCGAGACCGACCGAACCCGCUUGUCCAGUAAUAACAAGGUCACGAUCGACGGCGACGAGCUCGAGAUAGUCGAAGACUUUGUCUAUCUCGGCUCGCUGGUGACCGCAGACAAUGACACCAGCCGUGAGAUCCGGAGGCGAAUUAUCAGCGGAAGUCGUGCCUACUAUGGACUCCACAAGCAACUGCGGUCGAGAAGACUUGGCCCUCGCACGAAGUGUAACCUGUAUACGACGCUUAUUAGACCGGUUGUUCUCUACGGGCACGAGACAUGGAUAUUGCUCGAGGAGGACCUGCGUACACUCGGAGUAUUCGAGCGACGAGUGUUAAGAACCAUCUUUGGCGGCGUACAGGAGAACGGAAUGUGGAGGCGAAGGAUGAACCACGAGCUCGCGCGACUCUACGGCGAACCCAGUAUCCAGAAGGUGGUGAAGGCUGGCCGGAUACGCUGGGCGGGACAUGUUGCGAGAAUGCCGGAUGACUGUCCUGCAAAACAGGUGUUCGCCACGAAUCCGGUAGGAACAAGACGAGCGGGGGCGCAACGAGCGAGGUGGUUAGACCAAGUGGAGCGUGAUCUGGCGAACGUGGGGUGCCCGAGGAAUUGGAGAACGGUCGCCAUGGACCGAGUGAAUUUUAGGAAUUAUGUUCGUCAAGUUAUGUCGUAAGACGGAAUACUAUGUAAAUAAAAUAAA